UCGCCGUCGCGGGCUAGCUGCGCUGCCCCAUCCCGGACCAGUCGCUCUCGAUCUCCCAUCUCCCCCCCUGCCCCUGCUAUCUUUCUUCUUCUUCUUCCUCGUCCUCUCGUCUCCACUGUACCCCGUGUGUGCUCGAUACGGCCGGUGGCGCGUUGUUUUCUUCGCGCUCCUCGCCCGCCGUGUAGAAAGCGGACGGGGUAGUAGGACGGACGAUCGGUAGCCGUUGCCCCGCCGCUACGUACCUCGCGGUACCUGGCUUCCAUGGUGUGCCGGCCUUGGAAGGUGGAUUAGCCGCCGGGCGUGAGGGUCCAUAGCCAUGGACGCCGGGGUUGGAGGCGCGGGCGUGAGCACCGCCGCGGCCAGCGGCUCCUACGGGCUCGUCCGCACCGUGGUGGGGUACUCGACCUCGCCGCUCUUCUUCUGGCUCCUCACCGUCGUGCUUGUCGCCGCGAUCCACAUCGCCUCCGGGUCCAAGUCCUCCUCCUCCAGGAGCGAUGAGAAGGAGAGGGAGGCAGCGGAGGAGGAGAAGGCGCGGCGCGACGCGUUCGCCGCUGCCGAGGAGAGGGAGGUGUCCGGCAGGGGCGAUGACCGGGUUCUGGAGAUGAUGCGCAGUUUCAGCUUCAUGCAGGCGACCGAGGAGGAUUUCAUGGAGGGUAUGGCCUCGUACGAGUACAACCACGUCGACUCCGGCAAGGCGCACGAGGUUGUUGCGCCCGAGCCGUUUGCGCCGUCGCCGGCGUCGACGAGCCUCAGCUUCAAGUUCCAGCACCAGAUACCGGAAAUUCCGCGGGAGGCGGCGGCGGCGGCGGUUUCGAGAGAACUACCAGCCCAAGUGGAGGCGCCGUCAGUUCCUUUGGAAUCGGCGGGCAAGCACGAACAUGAGGUUGAAGCAGAGGAAACAGAGCGCGUGUUGGAAGAGCAGAGGAGGGAGGUUGUGGAGCAGGUUGAGCCAUCAAUGGUCGUCGCGACCACGCACAACUACCAGUUCUUGACGGAGCGCGACUUCCGGGGCUUCGUCAGGGAGCCGGGGGCCAUGACGGUGCGCGUCCAGGAGUCUUUCAUGCCGCCGUCGCCGCCGCCGGCACAGCACGAGGAGCGACGGGUGGUCAACAUCGUCCCUCGCAGCGGCGGCUUCCUCACGGAGAGAGGCUUCCAGCCGGCGGACGAGCCCGACGUGUGCGAGAGCGUGGCGUCGUCCGGGAAGAGGGCGCCGUCGCGGAGCCGGAAGCCGGCGAACUUGCCUGACGUGUGCGAGAGCGUGGCGUCGUCCGGGAAGAGGACGCCGUCGCGGAGCCGGAAGCCGGCGAACUCGCCUGACGUGUGCGAGAACGUGGCGUCGUCCGGGAUGAGGACGCCGCCGCAGACGCGGAAGCCAGCGAGCUCCCCGUCCGUCGCGUCCAAGGGCAGCGCCGUCGGCGCGAGGAUGAGCUUCGCGUCGGAGUUCUCCGGCUUCGGCGACUCCGACUCCGAGUCCAGCGCCAGCGACGGGUACUCGGUGAAGGACCUCGUCGUCGACUCCGACAGCGACUGGUUCCUCUCGGAGAAGGACUUCCCGGCAUCCGCGCGCGACUCCGGCAACCUCAAAAAUUACAAGGCCAAGAUGCUUAAGGCCAUCGAAGCACUGGAGGCGGCGGCCACGCUGGAGCAGUCUUACCAGAACUCGGCGACGACGGUGUCGCCGGGUUCGGUCGGCCAGGGCUCGCCUGACACCAUUCCCGAUGGCUCUCCUAAGUUCCCUGAAGACAUGUGGUCUCGCAGUCCCUCGCCGGACGUCGAGUACAAAGAGGACGAGGAGAAGGUAUCGAGGGAAGCUGAAGCACAGUAUGACGAGGGCGUCGAACAGAGAAGCACGCCAGAAGACGAGGGGAGCGUCGACAUGAGUGACGACGAGCACUCGACGAAGGGCAAGAAGAUAGAAUCGGCACCAGUCUAUGAUCUGGCUCCUGUUGCUGACAACAGUAUGGAUCAUUUAGAGAAGGAAACCAUCACUCUGAAUGAUUACUCAGGUGAAGCUAUUUCUGAAACUCAGAAAAGUCCAGAGGCAGUCUCUGCGAAAGAAUUAGCUGCUGUAUCGUCAGAUCAAGUUGCUGGCCCAGCCAAUAAAAGCCCUGAGCCAUCAGAGAAGGAAUAUGUUGGUUCGGUUGAUCAUUCACUUGAGCACAGUUCUGACGACAGGAGAGAAACUUCCAGUGAAAGUGGUCAGUCAUAUGAAAUAGUUUUCGACGACAAGAGAAGGCUAGAGCCAUUGGAGACAGGAUUUGUCGGUACAAAUGACCACUCGCAUGAACUUAUUUCUGAUGUUUGGAAAGGGAUUAUCAGUAGAAAUGAUCAAACACCAGCAGUGGCUAAUGCCAAUGAGGGAGGAGGCUUGAAUGCAGCAGAGGAAGAAUUUGUGGGCAGAAAUGACCCUUCAAAUGAGCUUACCUCUUAUGAGAAGAAAGUGACUUUCAGUACUACAAAUGAUCAGUCAUUUGCAGUAAUUUCUGAUGAGAAGAGCAUCCCAGAGAUUCCGGAGGAAAAAUUCAGUGCAAGUGACCAUCGAAAUGGAGUAGUUCCUGACUCCAAGAACAUUCCAGAGACCAGAGAAGAUGAGGAACAAGCCAGUGCAAAUGAUUAUAUGGACGAUGCCGCUCGGCAAGCCUAUAUUUCAGUCACUGGGAAGGCGAAGAUAUAUGAUGAGGAAGGGGAUGAUCCGGAACUCAAGUGGAAAGAUUUGACAGAAGAGGAGGAGGACGAGCUGGAGUCACUGUGGGAGCACCAGGAUCUGAUAGAGCAGCUGAAGCUUGAGCUGAAGAAGGUGCGGUCGAUCGGGCUGCCCACGAUCCUGGAGGAGUCGGAGACACCAAAGGCGCCAAUGGAGGACCUCAAGCCGUGGAGGAUCGAUGCUAAGUUCCUGCGCGAAGACCCGAUGGACGAGCUGAACAAGUUCUACAAGAGCUACAGGGAGAGGAUGAGAAAGUUUGACAUAUUGUGCUACCAAAAGAUGUAUGCAAUAGAUUUCCUACAGCUCAGAGGGCCGCAGCAGUCGGCCAACUCUCUGAAGUCCUUGUCACCGACGAUGACAUCCAUCCUGUCACACAAUUUCCGGUCGUCGCGUCGGAGAUCCCCCGAGGACCCGUCGGAGCGGUUUCUCAAGGAGCUUCGGUAUGAUUUGGAGACGGUGUACGUUGGCCAGAUGUGCCUCUCAUGGGAGUUCCUCCGGUGGCAGUACGAGCAGGCCCGUGACCUGCCGGAGUCUGACCCUUACCACAGCCAUCAGUACAACCAGGUGGCCGGCGAGUUCCAGCAGUUUCAGGUUGUGGUGCAGAGGUUCGUGGAGGAUGAAUCGUUCAAGGGCCCCAGGCUGCCAAACUACAUCAACAACCGUUGCGUCCUCCGCAAUCUCUUGCAAGUACCCGUAAUAAAAGAGGACAGUUUGAAGGACAGGAUGGAGGAUCAGCGCAAGGGGAACCAUGUCAUCACCAGUGAGGAGCUGGAGGAAAUCAUGGAGGAGGCGAUGCGCAUCCUGUGGGAGUUCAUCAAGGCCGACAAAGUCGAGACGACACCGACAUCGGUGCUCAAGGGCUUAUCGAGCACUCACGUCGAGCUUCAGGACCCUUCAGAUCAUGAUCUUAUGGCACACAUCCAUGCCACAUUACAGAAGAAAGAGAAAAGACUCAAGGAUCUCCUCCGGACCGGCAACUGCAUCGUGAAGAAGUUCAAGAAGCCCAAGGAGGACAGGUCGAACCAGAACCUCUUCUUCUCGCAGGUCGACAUGAAACUGGUUGCGCGGGUGCUGCGGAUGCCGAGGAUCACCAGCGAGCAGCUGCAGUGGUGCAAGGCCAAGCUGAACAAGAUCACAUUGGUAGAUAGGAAGAUCCACAGGGAGGCUUCAUUUUUGUUGUUCCCCUGUUGAGAGAGUACAUAUAUAUGUUCUCCUUUUUGCUCCUUGUGCUCGAUAAAAAGAAAAUUAUCUCCGCCAUGUAAUCAAUCCACGGGUUUAGGAUUUUGUUUUAACCUUUUAGCAGUCCAUUCCUUUACACAGGCUCGUAAUUAUAACUGUAACACUACUACAAUUCUGGAUUUUGCGAGGCACUUGAAAAAGGCCUCUGAGGCGUACAAAAAAAGAAAACGCCUUUGUUAAUGCCUCA